GAGAAAAGUAAGCAUUGAUACAGACGACUUGUCGUUGCGAUCGACAAUUCGUUUCAGCAGCUGCUGAUACUCGAUCUACUGCAAUUGCAGUUAUGGCGGAGAUUACCAGGACAACUGAUUCCGCGUCGUCACUCGCCAACGGUUGUCCGACCGAUAACACCGUCGAUUCGACGCCGUCUUUGAUCGGUGCGAAAACUACCGGCGGCGAACUGAACUCUCCCAGAGUUGAAGAGAAUGAAGAAGAGGAGGAAGAAGAAGAAGAAGAAGAAGAGGCGGAAAGAGAAUCUCCGCCGGAAAAUGAGACGCAAUGUAGCAGCAAGAUAAUCGAGGUCAUCACCGCGUCACCUCGAACAUCCGAGACUUCUCCAAAGGUCGAUGAAACGUCGAAUCCGCGGAAUACGGAACCGGAAACGGAAGCGGUGAAGAACCGACUAUCGCCGGCGGUAGGGGAACCGCGGAAGCCGGAAGUUGUCGAAGAGACUUUGAAACCGGAUGAUUUUAGAGAGUCGAAGAACGCGGAAGUCCUGGAGGAGGCAGAUGAGCUAGAAUUGGAAGCUCCUGAUCCUUCCGAGUUGACGUUUAACGACAAGGAGGUCGGUGGAGACGGAGCGACGCGGGUCGUCGAUCCGGAGGAAAAGACGGACGAGGAAAGGGAUGCUGAUGAUAAAACAGAAGCGGAGAAAUCAACUGCGGAUAUCGUCAACGAUGUGCCGCGUGUGAGUAAAGAUGUCGAUCGAAACGAUCGGGAAGAGGAAGAAGUCGAGGACGAUGAGGAGGAGGAGGAGGAGGAGGAAAUGGACGAGGAGGAGGAAGAGGAAGAGGAGGAUGAGGAGGACGACGACGAGAACGAGAACGAGAACGAGAACGAGAACGAGCAGCUCGAACUCGGAAUCGUCGGUCCGCCAACGGCUGUAAGCGAGUUGAUAAACGAGGAGGAGUUGCGAUGCGGAGAGUCCGUGCUGGUCCCCGAGGGUGGCGACGGCCGGCCCGAAAGUGUUCAGGAUCACGUAGCCGAGUGGGUUCAGAAUUCGGCUAACAGUAAAAUCGACGAGCUGACGAUCGAGGGGGAGGACGAAGACGAGACUGAGAACGAUAACGAUCAGGAUCGGCUCGAGAUCGACGCCGAGGACGAGGACCUUGGUACCCCAAGGGACGCCGAGGAGAGCCAUGAGAAGACGGUCGAGCCAUCGUCUACCAGAAAGUCGAAGAGGGUCGUCAGCAACAUUAUAAAAAGGAGCAUCAAGUGUCUGAAUAAAAUGCACGCCAUGGAUACGUCCGGGAUCGGGAAAGGUGGCGUGGGCAGCGAGAAGGUGGCUAAAAAGGGUGAGAAAAUAGUACAGGAGAGACGAUCAGAGAAGACGACGCCGAUGGAUAGCAAAACUUUGGUGAAGGAGCAGCAGCGCAGGAGCGUGGGGUUGGGGAUCGUCGACGCGGAGUCGACGGCUACGGCCCCACCGGUUUCGCAUCAGCGGAAUCAUCGCGAUCGUAAAAAUCACCAGAACCAUACGAAUCAUCGUAGAAACGGCGGCGAACCGCCCGCUGAUCCAGCGAGGAAUUACACCGUGAAAAAGGAGCCGACAUCGGAACCGGAAACCGACCUGGAACAUGAGAGGGACGCCCUACCGGAGCUGAGGAAACGGACCGGGUCGAACAAUCCGACUAAGAAUCUCAAGCCUGAAAGGGAGUCGAAAAAACGACGCUCCACCGACGAGAUUACGCAAAAUUCUAACGGUAGUUCGAAACGAGCCUGCCUAGAACAGAGGGAGGAACUCAUUUCGUCUAUCGUUGGUGGCGAUAAAAUUACCACCGAAGAACUUGCCGUCAGGGCUGAACAGCUGCGCGCGGAGUUACAGGCCUUAGACCAGCUGGCACGUGACAAGGAGAAGGAAUGGAACGAGAUUCUUAGUAUGAGAAAGUUGAAGGAAGAGGCCUAUCUGAGGAUCGAACGAAGGCGGCAGGUCGUUGGUUUUAUGGAAGGUAACAGUUGCCAGCUUAACGAGUCCUCGUCCGUACUACCGGCUGGGAGUCUUUCGCUGGAACAGGAGUGGGACAACGCGAAAGAGAAAAGUAACUCGACUGAGGCGACCUUAAGCGACAAGAGUACGUCGAGGCCGCAGGUGACGUCGAAGCAAAACGAAAACGGACAAAAGGAGUCGUCGGACGGCGGACAAAAUUCGGAGAACAGGCAAAUCGGAGAAGGUCGACAGGGUCCCAUGGUCGACGUGCGAACAAUCAUCGCCGAUUACAGGCUUCGGCAUCCCGAAACUGUGCCUCGAAGAAGUCGGCGAAUGAGAAAUUCUGUUAAUGUCGGUCUGGGCGCUGGAGGUGCGGUCGUUGAGACGACCCAGAUUGGAGCCGAUUCUCGACCUUCGAGCACGGAUUCUUGCAAGAGCAGUUCAAACCCAACUGAUCCUAGCAAUUCUAUGAGCUUUAAAGACGUUCUAGUACAGUUUGCGAAGCUAAGCCAGCAGCAAGGGGAAGCGGUUAAAACGCCACAGAAUUAUCCAGACGUGACACUUCAUCCUGUAUUACCGACUCCGGCUCCGCCCCAAGCGGCUGCGGUACAGCAAACCGGGUCUUUGCUUCACGGUAUUUUGACUAAAUCCCAAACCGCGCGGCCAACGACGUUUUCGCCAACGUUGGCGAGACUACUAACCGCACCUGAAAGAGACAGAUGCAACCCCAUAGCUACAUCCACACCUCAACAGCAGACCGCUGCUACGCAGCAUUUACUACAAGCCUACCAGGGGACCAAUCCUGUUUCCAUCAGCGACCUUUUAUCUUCUUCAAAAGCACGGACGGAAAUAACAAUAACGCCUGUGGUUAACACCCCGAUCGUUCAGUCUCAUUCGAACAGCCUUAUUCACGUGGAAGACGUAGAGGAGGAAACGACGGUAAUCGAAGAAAGAAGCCGAUCGACAAAUGCCAGGGACGACAGUCCACCGCGUUGUCAAGGGUGCCAAGAUCGGGCCGCGCAAUUUGUCUGCGCGGGUUGCGGUAACCAGUGGUACUGCAGUCGAGAGUGUCAGGUAUCCGCGUGGGACGAGCAUUCCGAGGUCUGCUCUGGAAGCAAAAGUAAGAGUAACGGAGAAAAAUGGAAAGAAAAAAAGAAAAAAAAAAAGAAAAGAAAACGACGAAUCGAAAAUGAAUCUAGUCACGAGGAGGACACCAAGAAGGGGAGGAAAGGGGACACAGGAAUAUUACCUAUAUUUUUUACCCAUUUCACAAUAAUUAAAAAAAAAAGAAAAAAGAAAGAAGAAUGAAAGAAAAUAACAUGUAGACGAAUAAUUCCUACUCGCAAAGAAUAAUUGACUGUCAGAUCGUUAUACCGUGAUUAUAAGAAUUUAAAGAACGUUUGUUAAAUUAAUUAUUGAUGGUCAUUGCAACACGUGUUCUCGCGAGCAACCGAACGAUUUUCGCUGUACAGUUUCGUACAAUUGGUCAAUUUUUUUUUAUCUUCUUUUUUAAAUUCAAAUGCACAUUGCGGUGAGAACAAGACACCCGAUACAUAUAUUGAUAAUGUACUCGAUUAAAUUUAGAUAGGUGAAAAAUUCGAAUAACAUUGAAAACAAAUAUAUUAUCGAAAACCAAUCGAUAAUUAUAUAAGUAUGCAAGAGGGCACAAAACUUAAGGACCUGAAACAAAGAGUCUUUACUAUGGUGAAAUCUGUUAAUAACAGAUUUUAUGAAAAAAAUUCCGCCUGUUAAUAUCUGUGUCAAAGAAACGUCAGAAUAUAUGACGAAGCCUAUAUUGUCUGUGUGUUAACAAACGUUUUUAAAAUUUGACUGGUAUAUAUAUUUCUUAUCGAGCGAUGUAUCCUCCUAACUUGUGCGCGGCGUAUCAGCUUGUAAACAGCUUAUGUAUUUACAGAAAGACGGAAGAAAAAAAAAAUUAAUAACGCUCGACCGACGUGUACAAUACCUACAUACGUAUAACGCGCAUAUAACUAUUUUAUACAAUAUUUGUUACCAUCGUGUAAAUUAGAAUUGAAAGAAAAAACAAUAUUAGACUUAAACUAGAAGUGUAAGAUGUUUUUUCCGUUUCGUUUCCUGUAAUUUAGUUCAUAAUAUGUAUGUAUUCCGUAUCAAUCUCAAUUUUUUGUUUUUGUUACUAUAGUUAGUCCCAGGUUUAUUUUAUUUUUUUCCCCCAAAAAAUCCAAAAAAUAAUCUGUAGCUAAAAAGUUCCUACAGGUAAAAAUCUACGUUAUAUUUUAACCGUUUUAAGAUCAAAUGAAAUAAAUAAUAAUUUCUAUUGUA